UCUGAAGGGUUCCCUUCAUCAUCCCUGAAUGGGAACCCCAAUAUUUUGUAAUAGUUAGUAGUUACCAUAAACAUAGAGGAAGUGAACAAAAAACUGUUACUGAAACCUAUCGUGCAAAUCCAUUUUUUUCUGUAGAGGUAACUGCGCCGACGUCGGGUCCCAAGCCCCGAGUAAGAAAGCAGGAGGGCAUUUCUAAAAUGAAACUCCUGCAAUCAAAACACAAUGAAGCUAUCAUUUUUAUAUCCCUGUGCAGUGUUUAUACUUUGCUGCACAGUUAUAAAAACCACUGUCUGCGUAGAAUGUUAUCAAGAGAAGUGCCAGCUGUUGUCUAUGACAGAUAAUCUGAUAUUGUUUGAUUCAUUCCUUGGUGAACAUUUUGGAAGUCUUUAUUCCAAAAUAAAAAAUGAGUCAGACAGAAUGCCAAAGACAGAUUGCCUCAAUGUGAAUAGAAAUUGUAUAUGGACUUGCGACUCAAAUACACCUGAAUGGUGUAGAAAGUGCAAGAAAGAAUAUUGCAAACAACAGACAUGUGGAGAUUUUGGUGGUUGUAAUGCGGAUGCUUUUUAUCUUUUUGAAACAUUUAAACAUUAUUACCUGAAAAGCAAUUAUGAUAGGAGAUCUGAAUGCGGAUCAAGCAAUUUAACAGGUGACUCUCAUAAUGAAUGCUGCAAGAGGAGGAAAUGUGGUUCAGCUGAAACUUUUACUAAAGGGGAAAGAGUGCAUAAGCAGGAACCUUUUGACAAGUUGCUGCCCUCACUACAGCUUUCCUUGAUGAUAUCAUUUAUAACUACAGCUGCUAGUCUUUGUUCAAUGGUUUUCAUGUGUAUCAUAUGGAGUUACAGUCAUCUUGCAUCACAGAUACCGAGCUCACAAAGGCAGAAAAGAAAAAGGCAGAAGAAAAAAAUGAAUAGGACGUCUAAGCAAACUAUUAACAAUACAACCGAGAAGAAUGUUAAUGGGUCAUCCAAACAAGAUAAUAACGAGGCAACUAAACAAAAUGUGAUUAAGGAAUCCAAACCAGAUGAUAACAAGGUAUCUGAGCAAAGUGAAAAUUGCAGGAUGUUAUUGUCAACAAAUAGAGAAGUUAGUAGUGCAUCAACUAGUGUUACAUGUGUUUCUCAAUCAUCGCAAACUGAAAAUCCAGCAGCAGGAUCAGAGAAUGAGUUGUGUACGUCAGCAACUCAAGUUAAGCAAUGCAACUUUUCAUAUGAGGCAGACUAUAUAAGACAGGAAGAAAUAAAAAUAAUUGAAACAGAAGAUUAUACUUACCAGUCCAAUAAUAAGUCCAUAGAAAAUGAAAGAGUUAUUUUAUCACCUCCAGUACUUGAAGAUUUAUAUGACUUGUUGUCUGAUAGCGACUGUACAGAUAGAAACGUCACUAUAGAAGUCUCACCAUCACUGAAUAUGAUGAACGAUUUUGAUCAGGAGCAAACUUUGUCUUACCUGAAAUUGCCAGACCCCUCUAUUCAUGAUACAGAGGAAACAUUUCCAAAAGGGUCGCAAAAUAUUCAGAACGGAUGUGGAUUAUUUCACCAUGAACAAUACACAUACACAACGGGAUAUCCCUUUAACACUGUCAGUACAGAGCCUCUUACACGAACAUUUUCUUCACUCGUAACUUCUAGAGAAGAUGAAAGAUUUUCAGAGUAUGAAUAUACAGAAGACGUUAAUGUAGCGAGGAAACAUUUAAACGUCAAGAAAAGUUCUUUUGAAAAUAAUGCAUGUUCUGAAAAUGAAGGAAAGGACUGUGUAAUGAACAUGUACAGUGAGAAACAAGUUCCAGAAAAAGAUGAAUUCGAACACAAUCUUACAAAUAAAAAGGAACUGAUGAAUCAGGCAAGCGGGCAGACAAGUGUCAUUUUACAUUUUAAAUCUAACGAAGAGAGUGGCAAAAAUGAGAAGCUGCCAGAAAAUGUUUCGGCAGCUGAACAGAAUCGAACUGAGAAAUUAUUUAAUACUGUUUUAACUUUAGAACAGGCAGAGAUACCUCUGGAAGAUGACAGCGAAUUAUGUAAUGCUGAGGAUAGUUACUUAGCAAACUCUGAUUUAGACACAGCCAGGGAUGCGGAUCACAAUGACCAUGAUUUAUGCCAAGUUAAUAUAGAAAGCUACCCCUCUGAUAGUGGAGUAUCAGGUCAUGAGUCAGCACAUCAAAGAAUUAUAAACAUAGUUGCAACAAACAUAUUGUCGAAGGAAACUAAAACUAAAGAAGCAAUUGCACAUGAUAUAACUUCUGGACCAGAUUUAACAAAUAAAGAUGACAAAAGAUCAGAUGACAUUAUGUCAGAUAAUUGUAAAACAAUAGAAGAAGCAGUAGAAGAAAAUAAUUGCACUGAAAGUAAAGAAAAUCAUAUCCAGUUAAGUAACAAUUUGUUAGACACAAGUGGUCAAGUAGGCGAAACGUUAACAUUCGAGGAUGGCAUAGAGAAACCUAUUCGAAAGAACUAUCUAAGUAAACAAAGAAAACAAUCUACGCGGAGAAGAGUAAAUUACAAGAAAAGUGGUAAAAAACUGUCUGAAAAUCGAUUGUGUAAAUGCCAGAGAGGAUCUCCUAAUUGUUUUGAGCAAAAAAAGGAGAAUAAAUGUUUAAGUUAUAAUCAAACUGACAGCACUACACAAGUGGGUGAAACAGUUCAAUUUACCGGUAUAGACAGUUGUAGUAAUUUGCAACAGUGUUAUUUCUUGUCCAAUGACCUUGUUACAGUGAAUUCUAGCGGCGAAGAAAGCAAUCGUCAUACUAAGUCAGCUUCUGAUAUAAAUUUGUGCCAAAUGAAUAUUAGAGUCGUACACUGUUCGAAAACAUAUGUAAGCAAGAACAGGUACGAAUUUGAAUCAAAAGUAAAAAACAGAAAAAGACAUUUCAAAGGACUUGCCAGAAGAUGUAAUAAGUCACCCAAUGGAAGCUCUCUAGAUUUGCCUUCAGUCAUUAAUGAUGGGAAAGAAAACGGUAAAAAGAAAUUUUGUAAAGUUUGUCACAAAUUAAAUGUUCUAUGCAGAAGACACAGGAGAAAACGGGAUCCCUGUCCCGAAUACGGAACUUUAACUCGACAGUGUAGUACUAGAUUAAACUCAACAAAAUGUAGAAAUUAUCAUACAAAGAAAAAGGAAAAUAAACUUAGCAAAACAGAACAAGUAGUAUCACUUGUUUACCAGGACUCUGGGUUUAUUUCAGGAAAAUCAACUAAAUAUGAUUCUUGGCCAGCAAAGUUCCCUACAUUCUGUGACAAAAGCUCUGUUAAACUGUUUCAUGAUUACUUACUGAAAGAAAUAACGUUAGAGAAAUUAAGUUUUGACUUCUUCCAACAAUUAAAAGUGUUACAAGAUAGUAUCGAAGAUAUAGAACGACAACUUGUUGCAAAAGAAAUCUCUAGAGAAUUGCAUAUUGAGCAUAGAAAUUUCGCAAUAUUUGGCUUAGAUUCUUACUUUGAUAGACUUAAUAAUGGCCCACCGCCUACAACACGUGAACGGAUGCAGUAUGAAUGGAUUCGAUUGGCUUCAUUCCAUAAUUACACGGGAAAUGGAAAUGCAUUGGCUCUUGCUAGAAAUGGAUUUUACCAUGAUCACAAUGAAGGACCUAUGUCCACGAGGUGCUAUCUCUGUGAAGCUCGGAGCUCUGACUGGGAGAUGUUUGAUGACAUUUCUGCAGAGCAUAGAAGACAAUCCCCAAAUUGCCCUUUCCAUGAUAACAGAGAGGAAGAAAGCAUGAACAUUUCAAUAACAAAUGGAGACAAUAGUGAAAUCCCAGCUAGAUCUUCUCCAAGUUCUAUAGGCAUAGCAGGGACUUCUUCUGUCACUUCAUCAUCUUCUACGAGUACAGGUGCUGCAGCUAUAAGAGAAGUUUCAAGCAGUUUCCAAGGAAUUAACAUUACCCAGACUCGUGUUGACAAUAGUGGAGGAGAAAGCAUUCCACAUCAGCCAACAGAAGAUCCAGAGAGUAGAGAUCGUUCCCUGCUGGCAUUGUCUCAGCCGCGUACACAGCGAGCCCUUGGGCGGACAGGGUACUCUUAUUCCACUAUAAUAGCACCAAGAAGAAAUAAUGUUGCUGCAGGUGCUAUAAGUAAUGUUGGCAUUGAUCCUUUGAACAGUGGCUCCUCGUCUUUACGUAGAGAGGGUCAACUACCAAGUACCCGCCCCUCCUCCAUACUGGGUGGGCCAGUGGGAGCCGGUGCUUUUUCAGGUUUGAGAACAGCUGGCCCAAACACAGGUGCACUUACGUCUGUUUCAAGAGCAACUGAAGGUUUUCAACAAAGCAAUGCUCCAUCAACGUCUACCGAAGCACGACAAACUAACCCAGCACCUGGUGCUGGGGGGAGGACAGAUCCUACAAUAACAGUGGUGGUAGAUAAUCCUAAACAUCCAGAUUAUGUCAAUAUAGAUUCUAGAGUUAGCUCAUACCAAGGAUGGCCAGAUUACCUGGAUCAAACUCCUAGACAGAUGUCAGAAGCAGGUUUCUUCUAUGUUGGUGUUGCAGAUUUCACUCGCUGCUAUUGUUGUGGUGGGGGUCUGCGGAACUGGGAACCAGGCGAUGAUCCGAUGUUGGAACAUACAAGGUGGUUUCCUCGUUGUGAAUAUGUCAACAAACUGAAAGGAGAGAGAUAUGUGGCUGCAGUACAGAGACGGCACCAAGAACAUAUGGCUGAGCAACAAAGACAACAGAUAGAGAUUGCACAAAGACGAGAUGAAAAUCGUAAUCCUCCCGAUCCAAUGACAACUGAAGCUGCCGCUGUUAUGCGGGAGAUGGGAUACUCUGCAGAUCGAACAAGGGAGGCGAUUUUAGCUGUUAGACGACAAACAGGAUCAUCAAUGGUCACUACCCAACAAGUUCUAACUUGGUUACUGGACGAUGAAGAGAGGAGAUUAACUGGUAAUUCAAGCAAUACAGAAUUAGGCAUUCGACCUCCACCUUUUUCUACAGCAACUUCUUUAGUAGGAACCAGCACUCCUUCCUCUGUUGUAUAUACAGGAACAAAUAUCCCGUCUUCAAUUGUACACACAGGAACCAGUAUAGGAACUUCUAUUGUGAACACGACUUCAAGCAUAUCUACUGCAACCUCCAUAGUCAGUGCUGGUUCUGCUACAUCUACUGUGAGUUCAUCAUCAGCUUCUAUUCCAGCCGAGGUCCAACAGUCUGUCACUUCAGCUUCUGUUACAGCAGGAGGAAGCUCAUCGGCAUCUCAGAACCAGCAGACUGGUUCAGGAAAUAGUUCUAGCUCUAAUUCAGCUAGUAGAACAAGCAUCGAGAAGCAGUCUGGAGCAUCAGGUGAUGCCAGUGAGGAGUCAAAGUCCACAGCCAAAGAAGAUGCAGCUACUGUAAAAACUACGAAGAAGAAGAAUGCAAAGAAAAAGGCAAAAAAUAAAGCUGGGGCAAAAUCCGAGACAACUGGUGCUACAGGCGGAGAUUUUGAUGCAAAAUCACUGAAGGCAGAAAAUGAAAAGUUAAGAGAAAUGCAGACUUGCAAAAUAUGUAUGGAACGAGCAGUCAACACGACCUUAUUGCCGUGUGGUCAUUUAGUAUGCUGCGAUACCUGUGCAGCACGGUUACAGCGAUGUCCUAUAUGCAGAAAGAGGAUUAAGGGAACAGUGAAGACAUUCAUGUCCUGAAGAAGAGAAACGAGAAUAUGUGUUCACCAUUACAUCUAUCUCGUCUGACAAUAUGAUCUAAACAACUGAGUCUGGAAAGUUUCCAGAGACCUUUCCUACUUCUAGAUUUUAACAGCAGAAAGCGCAGCUCCUCGGACAUGGAUACGAUUUAAAUGAAUGAAUAGGAAACAUUUUUCAUCUGUGGAACUUUUGAUACAAGUCAAAGCAUAUGCCAAGAGAAAACUGGAUCACAAAGAGAGUUUCUAGAUCAUUGAGUUCAUUCACUAAAUCCCAUCUGCUGUUUGAUCUGCCUAAUCCAUAACAUGAAUUACAGCUUUAUCUGGCAAGACCCGGAUAUAAAACACACAUCGUUUUAAAGUUAUUUGAGGGUUGGAGUAUGAUCUUUAAAAAAAGGUAUCUUUAAAUAUGUCACUUUUAUUUCUACAAUGUAAUUUUCCCACUGUAAAAAUCAGGUAAAGUCACAAUUUCUAAAAAUUGAUUAUAGAAAUAAAAAGUAAAAAAAAAGUUCAAUUUUUGAUAUAUUACAGUAUUUACAAUGGAAGAUACUUCAUUAAAGUCAUUUUUGGACAAUAAAUUGAAAAAAAAAUCUAUUAUCACACUCUGAGUUGUAAAAAAAUAUAAUAUAUUAUAUCAAUUGUAUUGUCUUGAAUUUAAAAGAAACAGGGAAAACCUUGUGAAAAAGGUGGAUCAGACAGUAGUUAGAAGUUUGGUGAGUGGAGGAGAGGACAACUGGAAUUAUUAGAUCAUUAAUUACAGUUAAUAAUUCAAUGCAACAUUUUCAGAAGUACUGCUGAAACCUUUUUUCAUGGAUUUUUGGUCUUGAGAAAAUCACUAAUAAAGGAUGAAAUAUUUAUUAGUAACAUAGAAAAUACAGCAACAGUGUUAAUAUGUCUUUACAAAAACUUCAAGAGUUACAACAAUAUAAGUUUAUGAUACUUAAGUGAAUAAUAACAAGUUAUUACAAGUGAUUGCUGUUCUAGUUAUAAUGUACGAAAUGAAAGAAUGGAAAAAGACGAUAUUACAAAAGUCAGUCAAGACUCCUGAUGGGGUCAUUGUUCAAAGCCAAUCAAGAGAGAACUUUACAAGUUUAAAAUGGUGAAAACACAAACACACGCACGCACGCAAAUUUUAUUUUACAUAGAAAACGAAACUGGUAAUAUACUUACAUAUCUAUAUUUUACUCACAGUAUUAGUUGAUGUGCUGAAGUACAUUGGUGAUAACACACAUGUUUAAUUCUCAUUUGUAAACUAUGUGGAUUGUAAAACACGUAUGUGGAAAUAUUUGGAUUUAUCAUUGUUUGUGUUUUGUCUUUUAAUUUGGGAUAAAUUGCAACAUGUGUCACUUGUGCGUUGUCAAUGUGUGUAUAUUUAUGUGUUAUUUUGGUUAUUAGUAUUUAUUGAGGAAUGUAUUUGUGUUCUUUUAUUGAUAGCACCAGUUACAUGCUUUUCAGAUAGAAGCACCAGUUACAAUUAUGGUGUGUAUAUAACACAAGGUUAGUAUUGAAUGACCUACAUUCUUGCAUAAAAACUACUUUUUUCACUGGAUCCGCACAUGUAUUAACUGGAGAAAAAUCGUGUGCAAACAAGGCAAUUCACGUGCUGUUAAUACAUGAUUUUUAUUUUUGAAAUGCUUUGCUAGGGACGUAUGUAUGUAUUUAUGCGCAGACUGAUAUUUGGCAUCUGCAUCUUGUUUCUUCCAAAAUAACCUCUUCUUGUAGCAUUAUAGAUACAAUGUAAUCCAUAGUAUGUUUAACUGUAUCAGUUUCCAACCCCAAACGUACUGCCCCCAUCAAUGUACGCACUAGCUUCUCUUAGAGUUUACUCCCUUUACAAAGCGUCUGUUCAGUUAUUGUAAAUAACUGUGAAUAAAUAAGUAUCGCGUGUAACCUGUGCUAUUGUCCGUUUUUAGGUAUUAUAUUAAUGAUUUUUGUUAGUAUCAGUCGGUUUGUUUUUACCUGAUUUUUCGCAGAAUUCAUAUAAUAAACCUCGGAAGCUAGUCACUGGCUUCGUACUCAUCCGUACUCUAAGUGUGUUCGUACUCAAAAUAAUUCGAAUGUAAAGUUGUUGUUCUUAAAAUUGUGUUCCUGUUAAUCAAAUUUUUAAGAUAUAUGCAAAAUUAUGUGUAAUGUAACGUUUGUAAUAACUAAAAAUAAAAAUAAGAUGCUCAAAAACCUUCAAAUCACGCUUUUAGUAGUGUUGUUGUUAUGUGUGCCCCGGUUAUGGAUAUUUAAAACAUGUUUACCGUUUCCAAGAACAACCGAAUGAUAACUAAAAAUGUACCGGAAUCGUAAAGUCAUCAUAUAUGAAAACAAUGCAUUCAGUCGUCGUGUAAUGUUUUUUUUUAUGCAAGAAUAGCGACCUUCGGUCUCGGUCACAAACAAUCCCGCGGGCUUCCGCAGACGUUAAUACACAAAAAACGUGUAUUAUCCCUACAAUAAUAUCAUAACGUAUUGCUGUUACUAGUUUCUAAUGAUUAAUGUAUAUUUCAAAAUGUAUGUAGCCCAUACAUAGUUAAAGACUGGGUGCAAGUCUUUUAUCAAGUGUGUCUUAAGAUGUACCAAGGUAUGAAAUGAAUCUUAAUUUGUAAACUUGGUAGUUAUGGCAAACAGUAUGCUAAUAUUCCUCAGGUAAGAACAACCAGUUAUGGUAGCAACUCUUUCCGGUCCUAUGCACCUAAACUCUGGAACUCAUUGCCACAACACCUUAGGGAUGAGGUCAAUUACAAUAACUUUAAAAAUUUGAUUGGUGCAUGGAACGGAGAGAGCUGCUCAUGUUCAUUUUGCCAGAAAACCUGCAUUGCCUUAGCUUGUGUUAGUCUGCUUUAUUUAUUAUUUUUUACUAUGUCUGAGUCUUAAUUUCUAGUCUUUCGAUGUUUAUCUGUUUUCUUAUAUUGAGUUAUUAUGUGCUUUUAGGCUGUUUUGUUGUGUAUGCUUUAUGUUCUUAGUUGCAAACAGCUUGUACUUUAUUUUAAGCUCUUUAUCCAUUUCUGUCAUUGCAUGUGCAUAGAUAUUUUGAGUUUAGUUAUUUAUUAUUCAGAUUAGUAAUUUAUUAUAUAGAUACAGUAUAUUUUAUUUAUUUAUUUAACCAAUGAAUUUGAAAUUUUAAAUUCAUACUCUUAAACAAAUAGUACUCUUCAGUGCUUAUUAUCUUUGUCUUUCGAGAUGUACUGUCUUUCAGCUCUUAAUUUAUAUCAAUUAUGAUAGAUUUUAUAUAUGUAAAAUGUGUAAUUUAACAUGUUGAUUUCUAUGUAUGAAUAUGUCGGUCAAAAGCUACACAUAGCUUAUGUUUAUAAUGUUAUUUUAUCUACCGACAAUAAAUAAAUAUUGACUUGACUUGACUUGAGUAUGCUAUGGAUGUGUUACAGUUAAAUAAAUAAGUAAUUUAUUAAGUUGAAAAUAUUAUGUUAAAUUAUUGAAGACAACAUCUGUGUUCAUUGUCAUUCUGUAACAUGCACUUUUCAUGUCUUACGUAUAGAUUAUUUGUUCAUGUAGAGGCUGUUUAAUUUGAAAUUGUAUCUAAUCAGAUAAUGUAUGUAGCUUAGAUCGAUAAAAGGAUAGAAUACACAAAGCAUAAUUAUGUACAUAAAAUGAUUUAUUUUGGACAAUAAUAAGCAGAUAAUUUCAACUUAGAAAAGGUGCUUGCAGGAAACGGUAUUGUAUGGUUAUUGAUAUGUUGCUAUUAUAUUGUUAUGCUAAGGAUGUAAUUUGUUUACACAUAAGAUAUAUCAUUAAUAAAUUAUUAAGACCGUGUGGCUGUACCUUCUUGCCGUAAUUUGCCCAAGAGUCAAUAUGAAACAAGGAGACACAAUCAGCUGUUUAUUGACUUUUACUAUAUACCUCGAUCGCUUCAUAUUUAUUUUGGUUAUAUUCAUUUUACAUAUUUUCCACAAGCUUAUUAUCAUUUCUAUCGUUCUUUUCAUCAACAAUGCCAUAACUAUUUGAGAAUCAAUUGAUCUUAAAAUGAUUCACCAUCCUUUCUUCGCCAUCAUGACAUUGCUUCAUGAUGUCAACGUCAGAAUACGCCGACGAUCAAGUAACCUGCGGCCAUUAUGAUUAUGGCGCCUGGAGCACACUGAGCUGGUAUGGAUCCGUCAAUGACCAUUUUAAUGGGUAUUUUGUAGAUAUAUAAUAACAGUAGGUUAAAGGCAAAGAAAAUCUCCUGUAUAAGUGACCCCCACCAAAUGCCAGACAUCUUAAUCCCCAAUAAACAUGAUUCUGUCUGGUCCAGUCUGAUUAGGGUCCAUAAAACCCCUGUAGACUUGACAUGUAGUCCAUGUCAGAGGAUCAUAAAUUUUAUUCAUAUGUAUAGAUAAUAGGUUAUUUCCUGUGUUUUGCAUUUUAUUGAUUGAAAUACAACUUUUUCAGAAUAUACACAAACUUGUUUUAGUUGAUAAUAUACUAGUUGUAAUUGCUCAGUCAUGUUGAAUAAUGUCCUGACAAAUUAAAUUAUAACUCUUACAGCAAAGCAAUCCUCACCCUUUCAGAAAACUCUCACCUUUAUUUAAUAAAGAAAUAAGAUAAUUAUUUAAAACUGAGUAAGAGAAAUGACGAGUAUUUUUUAAUUCAAUUUUUAUGAUCUUUUUAUCUAGUAACAAAAUAAAACCAGAAAAAAUUGAUUAUAUAGAGGAUAAUUGUUGGUUUCGGUGUAAUAUCACGUUAUAAUUUCACCGAGUGGGCACCAGAAGUGAUAUUUUCACGAGUGGCGCAGCCACGAGUGAAAAUAACAACUUUUGGUGUUCACGAGUGAAAUUACCGUGAUAUUACAUCGAUACCAACAAUUUUUCUGUUUAUUUUAUGUCUAAAACUCUACUUUUGUUGUGUUUAUUUCAAUAAAAUGUCGAAAUUUGCGGGAAAUUUUAUCAGGAAGCAUCGCAAAGAUGACGUCAUUUUAACGACGUCAUCGUCAUUUUGUUUCCGGCUUUCAGUACGCUCGGUAAACUUUUUGACAUUAAUCCGGGUAUCAGAUUUGAUAAUUUUCACUGAGUGGCCAGUGAGUUUAUCAGGAUAUAAUUCACCGUUAUAUUUCGAUAAACCACCGAAAAACUUAAAAUAAAGUAUAAGAACUGUGAUUUGGGAAUAUAUAGUUCCCAGUGUGUGGCCUAAAUAUAUUUUCUUUUAUUUUUUUUUUUAUUUAUGAUAAGGCCCAUGUGGUUCUGGGACGAUCUAUGUAUGAAAAGAAUUGGAACCACUGCCUUACCCUUGCAUGAUCGUAAGAGGCGACUAAUAGGGUCUUAACACUUGGUUUUGCUGUAACUCUGUGAUUCCAGCAGGUGUGCAAAUUUUGAUUCCAUACCUUAUGUUUUUAUUUCGAUGUAAAUGAGAUGUGGAACCAAAAUUUGUAGUCCUGUUUGGCGCCAUAUAACCUAUACUGUGUUGGUGCGCCUUUAAACCCAAAUAAAUAAAUAAAUAAAUUAUUUUUGAUAAAAUCCAGCAAUAAAGAGAUAUCAUUGUUCAAAAUACACAUGAUUUGUUAUUUAUAAAAGGUGCCUGAAUGCAUUUUCUUUUAUUUUUGAUAAAAAUCCAGAAAUAAUAA